AUGAUUCGAGAUUGCUAUGACUUUGAUGUGUACCCAUGUGAGACCAAGUUGAUACAAGUGUGUAGUACCGUAGCGGGACGUGUCUCCCUGCCGCUUUUUCUUCCAACCAAUCAAUCGAUGGAUCAUGAUGGUCGCUCCUCAGAUGGUCUCCUGCCGUCCCCAGCCUCAUUGUGCCGCCCUUUGUACCUUCCCUACCCACCCCAUCGAGACACGCGAACACCCCUCUUAGACAACCAACAAGCUUUCGGCAGGGACCUUCAACCUGUCGUCCUUCUUGUCCUCCUUCUUCUUCUUCUUCUCCUUCUCCUUUUCCUUUUCCUCCCCCUCACCUCCACCAGUCGACCGACUAUACACCGACGACGAAGCCACCUUCGACGAUGUAGUAGAUCCUUCCUCAUCACUUCCCCCCUUCCCCUCCCUCUCUUCCUCUUCCUUCUCGUCCUCUGAAGAAGAUGUGGAAGACGAGAGAAGCGAUUUCGUAGUCGUAAUCAUGAUUUUGGGGAGGAUCGGCAGUGGUAUUUGUGUUUGUGUUUGUGUUGAGGUUUGUAGAAUCGACUCUACUUCUUCCUCUUCUUGUUCGCCAUCUCGUCUUUCAUCCCCGUUUCCCUUUUCUUCUCCACGUCGCUGUUCCUCUUGUUGUUUUUGUUGUUGUUCUUCUUCUUCUCCACCUCCCUGUUCCUGCUCUGUCGGUGCUGCUGGAACUACUUUUGGUUCAACUCGUGCUUCUUCUUCUCCAUCC